AUGAAUCUUCAAAGAAUUAAGUGGGGCUUGUUCAUGUUUACAAUCUUCAUCUCUUUUCUCGUGUUCUCUGCUCACUUUUGUCUGUUUGGUCGGCGACAAUGUUUGAUGUUUCCGAGAAUAACAACGGAAUCGUCAAAGCUGUUAAACACAUAUUCAACAUCAAUAUCGUCAGAAUAUCCCACGGAACACGAGGAAGAUUUCCUUGUGAUUCCAGGCUUAAACCAGCAUAUAUGGGAAAGCAACUGCUUGAACAACAUAGAAACACUCUGUAAUUUUCCAGUUUUUCCGAAUGCGCCAGACAAGAGAAAUGUUAUACUAAGCACUGAAAUUCUGACCGAAUCUUAUAGAGCCGCCCACGAUGGUCAGCGAUUAUUUGGCUACCUCCUUCCAAAUUUAACUGGUGAAUAUUAUUUCGCUGUGUCUACAAAUGGCUACGCGGAAAUUUGGCUCAGCUCAAGCAAAAAUUGGAUGGAAGCGAAAGAAAUACUGUUCUUGAGGCCAUUUGACUUACAGUUACCACUUGGACGGUGGGAUUUCAAUGCAUCGAAGAGGCAGAUCUCCGGAGGAAUUCGUUUGCAAGCAAAGAGGAGAUAUUAUUUAGAAAUCGUCUACGCACCCGGUUCACCGAAUAAUGUUGACAACAACUUUAUUCAAGUUGCUUGGAAAAGACCGCGACAAUCUAUUUUCGAGAUUAUUGAAAGCAAUUUUUUAUCGUUGUAUAAGAAUGACAGCGAGAAAUGGCAGCUUUAUUUGUACGACGAUGAAAUGCCGGAGGCUCUCCCAUGUAGGGCGAAGAAGCAGAGUAGCUACAGAAACAAGUACAUGAGACUGGAGAGUUUUCCCUACUUAAAGCAUCAAAACGUGCAGAGGACUUUGAAUUAUUGCAGUUAUAGGCCUAGUUAUCUUGUUAACCGCGCGGAAUUGUCGUGGUUUAGUCAGUAUGACGGAGUCUAUAAGUAUACCCGGAGGACCCACAGUUAUCGGUUUCCUAAUGUUGAGGGUAUCACCAGAAAUCCUGAGGCUCAACAGGCGUUUAUAGCCGAGUAUCCAUUAGAUAAAAAUGAGGUUUGGUUCAUAGUUAAACGGUACAUGACGGCCCUUAGGAAGGCCUAUAAAGGGUAAGUGACAACAAUCUCUGAACCUAGAUGUCAUUCGUUUGUUUAUUCGCCCAGGCCUCGAAACCAAGUCGGACUUUUAAUUUGAAUCAAAAUCGGCCUAUUCAAUCUAGAAUCUGACUCGGAGAAUGAAUCUAUUGAUGGGUUUCUUUUAUGGUCCAGGGCCCAUUCUGGUAGCUCGAAGGCUAUGUUUCCCAGACCGCAGCACACAUCCCUCCAACGCCAUGAUACCAGCUAUCGUUUGUUCUUUGAUUAGCCUGAAAAAACAGCCGACAUGACGAUAUGAUGACGUCAUUUCCCAGAUCUGGGUAGUGAUGCGUCAUCAGUAUGGAUUUUCUGCGUUCGUUUUUCAGACGUCAUUUCGCGCAUUUCAGUCCUGGUGGCGACGCGAAAUGUUGACUGUUUUCUCCGGUUAUCAUUUUUUCUUUGAUCAAUUUUUUGAAAUUGAAGAGCAGAGAAAAAAGUGCAAAAACAACUCCGGAGGAUGUUCGCCAGAUACUACCCCUUAAAAUUUAAAGAUCACACAGUGUUUUUCUUUCUAAACGCCAUUUUUGCUUUUCAGAAAAUAUGAACUCGAGUCUAUAAAGCACGUUGAGAAGAAAGAAGACCCUGGGAAAGGAGGAAGAUACUUUCUAGAACUUGUUGUUAAAGAUCUUACCGACGGAAAAAGAUAUAUCUUAGCAGAAUAUGUCUUUCAACCGAAUGGGAGGAAUAUUCCAUUGUGUUACCCUGAGGGGCUACAGUGGAACAGAACAGCAGAUGUUUACCUGAUUCUCACGGCCAAGUACCUGGGUCGGUGGAUUCAUCAUUUUAUAAAGAACGUUGAAAAGAUUUUUCAGGAAACCAAAGAUGAGCAUUUACACGUGGUUAUAUACGACUUUGACAGCCCCGAUAUCAAUUUAAAGCAAGCUUUCGAAAGAACUACCCUAAAGAAUUACCGUUAUAUUAUUAGGCCUGGAAAGUAUUCGCGCACGCUUUCAUAUAGUGAAGCUAUUGAAUCCAUAAAGGAUCCAAACGCCAUCGUUGUCACAGUAGAUCUACACCUUGAUAUUGGAAGCCAGUUUAUUAACGACGUACGCAAGGUGAGAAUAAGUGAAAUGAAUAUGUGCUUGGACCUGGGACCCGUUUCUCGAAAGUCCCGGUAACUUUUAAGGCCCGAAAAACUGUUUAUGUUGGCUGCGUUUGCAUUCGAGAUCAAAGCUUCUAUAAUUUUGAAAAUGAUACAAUGAAAUUAUCAGCUAACGAAGCACAAACCAUUGGUUUGUGCGCCAGGAACUGUGCAUCAAUUUAUGUUGCUGGGUAACCGAGCCCGGUUAAUCAGACAGGACCCGAUGCCUUCUAAACGUGCUCGGUAUCAAUCGUGUCCCCGAUAAAGGCCCGGUAACUUUUCGGGCCCGAAGGCAAACUUUAAACUCAAAACCUGUUGCAUUGAUCCCCUCUAUUCGAGAAACGGGCUCCUGACCUGUUAUAUAAGCUAUAGGGAGUUUAAGCAACGACGACGGCGACGGCAACGAGAACGGCAGAAACGCAAUAAGUGUAGAUUAGCAAAACAACAACUUUGCACUUGCAUCACGCUUUUUUGUACACUUCCUUGCCGUCGCUGCACGACUACAACGUGAAAGUGCCUAAUUUCAUGUUUUGUUGAGGACGUGAACACGAGACAACGACUUUCUUUUCCUUUGCUGAACUUUGGUACAGUCUCUUAGAAUUCAUCUCCAGCAGGAAAAAAGAGAUUGCCAACAUCUGACGAACUGAAAGAGUUGGAAUAAGCGCAAUAAUGUUUGAAGUAGCGCGAAUUCAUUUUUUGAGUACCGUUUCCGUAGCCGUCGCCCUUGUUAUUGCUUAAGCUUCCUAUUUUACUCACAGACUGGGGUUGUUCCGGGUUGGUCAGCGUCCCAAACGAUUCACCAGUUUAGUAGGUGUUCUAGUAAGACAGAGCCCCCCCGCCUUCACAUUACCUCAGGGCCUGAAUCAACCACUGCUGAUUAAUGGGUGAUAAAUAGGCGAUAUAGUAAGCCAGAGGUACCUCUCAUAAAUAAGGCAAGUCAACUAAGACUCCACGGGUCCAGUUUUUCAUUUUAUAGCAUGUUUGUUCUAGAGAGAGGUAAAGCCAUGAAGAUUCCAGGGGCGGAUCUAGGGAGGGGGCAGGGGGUGCGCAGCCCCCCCCCCCCCCCCCCCCCCCCCCCCCCCCCCCCCCCCCCCCCCCCCCCCCCCCCACAGUGUGUAUAAAUGGGGUAAAAAAAGGGGAAAUAGAAGCAACGAGGCCCCCUUAUAAAAAAGGAAAGACAACAAAAAACCCCCGGGGCCCAUUUUUUUAUUUUUGAGGGUUUUUGUUUAGGAGGGAGGAAAACCCAUAAGAAAUCCGGGGGGGGACUAGGGGGGGGGCAGGGGGGGGCCCGCCCCCCCCCCCCCCCCCCCCCCACACACACACACUCCCCGCUGAGAUAACCCUGAGAUAACCUGCAGCUAUCUAAUACAACUAGUAUUCUGCAGAAAAAAGAAAACUUUGUGGUUUAUUGGUGUUGAAGUAAAACAUGAGACGAGGUUGAAGAAUUUAUGUUAAACGCCGUAAAGUGGUAUUUAAAAUGGUCGCUCCUUAGUGGUGCAACCCCCGGCCCUCCUGAGAACAAUCCUAGACCCGCCUCAGGAUUCCACUUAUUUCAAGCCUGAAAUUUUCCAAGGGUGACUGCAACCUCGUCCCCAGGGCUUUUCCCUUAAAAAAUGGUUCGGGCGGGAAAAGGCCCUGGCAUCGGCUGGUCACGUGCACAGCCUAAAUAUUCCUGAAAAGCUAAUUUAUAUGCAACCCGCUGGUUUUGCGCUGACGGAAGUCGAUAAUAAUGAAAAAAACUAACAUCGCGAACUAUGUCAAUAUUUUCGCGUGUGUGCGAUUCAAGAGCUUAAAAUCCAUUUAAUUGCGCAUUAUUCAAAUGCUGCAAGUUUAUGAAAAGGCCUACCGGCUCUACGUUGUCACGUACAAAAUAUGUCAAAUGCUUCAGAGUUAAGACAAGCUGUUAUCGACUACAGUGUAGUACUUUGACUGAACUUCAACGUGACUGUGGAAUUACAGUACGAUCAAGCGGAAAGUGAUUUUGUCCAAUGUCAAACAAAAAUACGGGCCUUUACCUCUAGGAUUGAACUUGAUUGAAAUAGAAUUGUUCGUCAAAAUGCUUUAUGGAGUCUGGUCUUCAUUACAACCCGACCAUAAACAAACAAAUCUCCACACCGGAUGCAAGUCAGCCCUCCAGCCAGGAACGAUAACAGGUCGCCUUUCUGAAACAUUUGAAGACCUCUGAUAUCUUCUCUCUUCCGAGGAUAAGUACAAAGGAUUUUCCUUGUAUCAAAGGGAAGAUUGGCUGAUCGAUUGGAAUCAACUACAGCUCUGUCAGUUUUAAAUGGACCCAAGUCUUUCUUUGUUGCCAGUCGUUUGAUCGCAGAUAGAGGUCAAUGAAUUUUUUAAAAAUACAGGUCAUAAGUCUAAACCAACGCGUGUCGCUAUGAUAUGGCUGAGAGUUAAGGUGAAUAGAACUAGGCUGUGUUCGGCGGCCCACUUCGCAAGAAAUGAAAUAAAAUAUCACAAGAGUCGAGAAAGCGGGCUUUUCCAGUACAUACUUUAUGUAUGUUCGAUAGCUUGUUUGUCAUUUAUACCGCUCUAUAAACAGAGGUUUUACAAAUGUUACUCGCUGCCCCCUUCAUAGAAUCGAAGAAAAGCAAAAACUUACCGUGGCCAGUAUCUGUGACGAAAAGGAAAUCUUGUAAAACCUUUCGUUAAUCAUCAAGAGAUAUAAAAGGCCGCCCAAGAUCGCGCGGUGUGAGGUCACGCAUAAUUUUAACUUUUCACAUAGCGCUAAUUUAUUACACCAAGGAUUUGGGGGUGUACGAGGGGACACGUGACCAGCCGAUGCCAGGGCCUUUCCCGCCCUACCCAUUUUUUAAGGGAAAAGCCCUGGGGACGAGGUUGGGGUGACUGACAUGUUUUCCUUUACUUCCCAGCACUGUGCGAAAGGAAAAACAAUUUACGCUCCCCAGAUCGUUUUUCUACAAUGCGGUGGAAGCAGCGCUUUGCCUAAGGGUGUCUGGUAUCACUAUAGCUAUGGAACAAUAGCAAUGUAUAAACAGGACUGGGACAACUUUGGGGGAUUUUCAAAGGAAAUUCUCGGCAAGGAAACAUGGGGCGGCGAGGACUGGGACAUAAUCGACGGCGCCGUCAAGGGUGGACUGGAAAUAGAACGAAAACGAUCUCCGUGGAUUUACCAUUACUAUCACACUAAAGUGGGAAUGUGGUAACAAGCAACUUGAACCUUACACUCUCUGCGUACUAAACAAUGACCUUUGCAUGGAUAAGUCACCGGAUUUUUUAAAGUCUCAUACGAGAAAGAAAUCCAUGCAACUUUUUGGUGUACUGGAUGUCACCAUGUACUGACUCAAAGUGCGUAUUCAGUAAAGUAUACAUUGCGCAGUUACACUCGUCGUUGGCUUUGAAAUAAAGUUGAGCAGCUUGAAUUAAUUACUAAUUACUUUUUUACGGUUUGUACGGAGUCUAAUGAGUUGUGGGGGUAGCUUUGCUCCGGAGAUCCUUUUUUGUAACUCGAGCCCUGAUCAAAAUCCCGUGUAAUAAUUCUUUCGUGCUUAAGGUAAAUGAUGCUUCAGAAAUCCAAGUACUGAAUGAAAUAGAUAGACUAAGUACCAAGGGUAAGCAAAGCCUUCGAAAGGUAUUUGUUUUGGAAGAAGAGUCACGAGCCUCCGAACAAACUGGCGAUUGUUUUGAAUAAAUUAUAUACGAGGAAAUAAUAACAGUGUUGUGAAUUUGGAAAAUACUUUGAAUUCAAAAUGCUAAUCUCGCUGGGUGCUAUCCACCUCAAGCCGGCCGUCCAAACGUAUCUGUUUUUGUUUGAAAACGGGGAUAUUAUUUCGGAUCAAAAGGCCAUUUCCGAGUUCCAAAAAAUCUCACUUUCAAAGCUAUGCUAAGUGCCAAGCCAUUGAUAUGAAAAUGAUUUUUAAUUAUGAUGCAAAUAAAACUCAUUUUCAAUACAAAUGUUUCGCACUUAGCCUCGUUUUGAAAGUGAGAUUUUUUUGAACUCGGAAAUGGCGUAUUUAGGUUUUUGGGAAACUGCCCACCUACCCCUCCCCUUAGCCAUCAUUUUGCCCUAAGCGAGAGGUAAGUGUUAAUAUUAGCUUAGGGGAGGGGUAGGUGGGCAGUUUCCUAGAAACCUAAAUUGAUCCAUUUUUUCCUCCAGUUUGGCUUACUGUUCACACGUAUUCGGCGAGAACGGUCACUGGAAACGCACCUUCCAAAAAUGCUCUCCAGAGUGGAGAUUUUUGAAAACGCCGGCUUUUCGUUUCCGUGCAGUGUGGACUAGCGAAAACGGAAAUUUUCGAAUACGAUGAUGUCAUACACCAUAUACUUCUAGCAUCAGGUUGAUGACGCAUGCUCAAUAAGGUAUGCUAUCGCGUAUUUCCAUCUCUUUGCGUUUUCGUGUGGACGGACGAAAACGAUUUGAAAACGCUAGGUAUGGAUACGUAUUUUUUUUUAAAAAAAGGGGGGAAAAGAUCUCCGUUUUCAAAAAUAUCUUGUACUUCUGGACGAUUCCUCAAAGAGAAGUAGCUUGAGAAAACAGCCGACAUUUUGCGUCGCGAAAUGUAGGCUCUUUUCUCAAGCGAAGAAAAAAGAGGCGGCACUGGUUUACUACACUAUUACCCGCAUGUAGCAAUAUUAUAAUCGAGGAGUUUAUUUAUGACAAAAAAUUUAAUAGACACGAGAUAUCUAUUUAUAGACCCAAAGACACCCUGGAGGUUGUAAGAAUUAUCUUAAUUUUACUGAUUUUCGAGUGAUUAAUUUUUGGAAGACCCUGGAGCCGUGUUUCUCAAGUAUUAGAUGCAGAUUUUUUUUUCAAUAAAAAAGCGAGAAAAUUUGUGGGUGUAAGUUGUUGUUGUUGUUGUUGUUUUUUUUUCACCAGGUGUGGUGUAUUUGUAAGCAAUGUGCACACUAGAUGAAUGUGGAGCUACGCUGUUAAAGUAGAAUAAACAACAACCAUUAAAGUUUGGUUACCUUAAAACACAGAGAGCUGACUGGGUGUUUAUAAAAAUCAAGAAAUGUUAAACAUAUCAUUGGCAUUUUUAUAUUUAAAAUCAUUGCUGCUUUUAUAAGGCAAGAAUUAGUAGCCACAGGACCAGGUCGAGACAUGUUUAGUGUGACACGCAUUUUGGCUGUAGCUAAUAUUCCCUUAGAUUUCCUUAGAUGUUUAGUGUUGCCCUAAGUAGAUAAAACUAGUAGUUCCAUACUGAACUUUAUGUAUCACUGAUAAAUAAAGCACCACAUUUUAUAUUCUUAAAUUAUUAAUGCCUCCAACGUAUGCAAAUGACAUUCAGAACACAAAUCAUAAAGCAAAACAAGAGCAAUACAAUUACUUCGCCAUCUGGGAAUACUGCGUUAAUGACUGCUAGUAACAAUGCUCUAGACAAAUACGCAUAUUUAUUUUAACACUGCUUUUCAUCGCCACAACAACAAAAUGAGAAAGAUUGCCGGUGUUGCUAGGAAGGCAAAGAUAUCAUCCUUCCGGCGAUUGCUAUUAGUUUUCAGUGUUUUCGUUGCAGGUUUCAAUGUUGUUUUCUUAAUUGCAUGGCAACUCAAUCGAUCAUCUCUUCAAAACUGGAAGAAAGGAUUUGAAUUGACAGAUACCAACUUAAUUAUUACAGAGGAUAAAAUCAAGCCUGAAAAUAUUCCGUCCAAGGGUUUGAAUCAGCAUACGUGGGAAAAAAACUGCCUGAUAAGUCUUGAACAACUUUGCAACUUUCCAAUCUUUCCCAAGGCACCGGAUAAAAGAAGCUUGGCGAAAAAUGUUAACAUCUCCUUGUCAGCCAGCGAGGUGGAUGGCCUGCGGUUGCUGGGCUUUCUUCAACCGAAUGUAACUGGCGAGUAUCUUUUCUCCGUUACUUCAAAUGGAUUUGCCGAGGUUUGGUUAAGUUCAAGCCAUAACUGGAAAAAUGGACGGAAAAUUGCAUACACCAGACCUAUGAAUAAAUCUGCAAUGGGUUUUGCAACAGUGGAUCACAAAUUUCCUACUAACGGCGUUAAAUUGUUUUCAGGACAAAGAUACUACAUUGAGGUGAUAUAUUCUCGUGGCAGGCAAAGUGAAGGACAAAGUUUAAUCCAACUUGCUUGGAAGAGACCAGAUAGAACUGGCUUUGAGCUUAUACAAAGAGGGUUUUUCUCACCAUAUAAAAACGACAGUGAUAAAGCUCAAAUGAAAGUUUACGAUGACGACUUGCCAGAUCUACUUGCUUGUACACUGGUAACACUAAACAGUAGUAACAAAUACAUGAAGCCAGAAACACUUCCAACGUUGGAAAGUGUCGACGUGAGCAAGGCAUUAAAUUUCUGUGAAUAUAGACCCAGUUAUCUCCUUGAUCCCACGAAAAUAACUAACUUCGGCCGAUAUCACGGCGUCUACAGACAUGCCCACAAAACCUUCACCUUUCCAAACACAGAAGUAGAAGGACUGACUCCCAAGCGGGCCGCCCGCUUUUUGGCUGAAAAGCCUUUGAGUGAAGGAGAAGCUCGCGGGGUGGUUGAUAAAUACAUGACUGCCCUUGAGGAAAGUUACCCAGGGUAAGUAGACUGUUCUUCUAGGGUAAGUUCACCAUGCUCGUUAUAUGGGAACCCCAGCCUCAUGCAUAAGAAAAACUGGUUUCCCUGUGGUCGACUUAGGGCCCGUUCUGAUACCUAACCAGUUUCCCUUUCGUUUCUAAAGUAACGAAUUCUCAGGGUCCACAAUAGGCUUUUCGGAACCCGGGAAUUCCCAUAUUUGAAGCUCAGGAUUCGGAAUUUGAAAGCAAAGUCGGGGCGAGUUUAGGGAUUCAAUGUCUGCUUGGGAGGUUGAAUACCAAAAGGAACCCUCGGGAUUCGGGAUUGCUCGAAAUUUUGGAUCGGGAUCACGGAAUUGAAGAACCCUAUUGGAGACCCUCAAUUAUAGAAACAAAGAAUUUAAACAAGAGUUUUUAGUUGCUUACAGCCCAACUUUAUCAUCCUUUUCUCUGUUUUCUUGUAUGAACACGAGCCUUUAGGAGAGUUUGCCAACCAAGUGAGAAGGAGCAGUAUAUUCCGUGGUGACCUUCGACAGACCUCUGACUAAAUUUCUAGGCCAUAUGAUAGAUAAUACUAAGAAAAUUAGUUGACUAAAUCAGUUUUAAGGAACAGAUUUUAUGAUGAAUUUCAUUUUAUUCUUAAUUUAAAAGCUGAGGAUUCUUGCGCUAGCCAGUAAUUACUAGCUGUAUGAGUCGAGCAAAGCGGACUCACCCUCAAAACGUCUUAUAGAUGAGACUGGUGUCGUUAAAACAAAAAGAAAGAUAUUUAUUUACUUCUGUAUGGUAUUUUUGAUGCAGAAAAUACAAUCUGGAGUCUAUUACGCGCGUAGAGAUGAAACAUGAUCCUCAGAAAGGAGGCAGAUACUUUCUUCAACUUGUUGUCAAAGAUCUGACGGACAAAAAGAGCUAUAACCUCGAGGAAUAUGUGUUUCAGCCAUUCGACAAAAAUGGGCAUUUGUGUUACCCCAUGGGACUGCAGUGGAACAGUACAGCGGAUGUCUAUCUGAUCCUCACGGCCAAGAACCUGGGUCGAUGGGUUCACCAUUUCAUCAAGAACGUUGAAAAGAUCAUUCGGGAAACAAAAGAUGAACAUUUACACGUGAUUGUUUACGACUAUGAUAGCCCGGAUAUUGAUUUAAAGCAGGAACUUCAAAGAAGUACAUUACAGAACUACAAAUACAUCACAAAACCUGGAAAAUAUUCUCGCGUGGAGUCUUUUAGUGAAGCUAUACAAUCAAUUUUGAAUCCAGAGGCCAUUUUUGUCACCAUAGAUCUACAUCUCGAUAUUGGAAGUCAGAUGGUGAAUGAUAUACGCAAGGUCAGUGAGCACAUUGGUUUUAAAAUCCUGCAUCCUUGAAAGAUAUUGUAGCCUGAGAAAACAGCUGAAGGCGCAGAAAUUCCAUACUGAUGACGCGCACUACGCAAUUCUGUGUACAGCUUCUGAUUGGUUGAAAAUUUGCUUCAUCCAAUCAGAGGCACUACCCAGAUCUAGGUUGUGACAGGUCAUCAGUAUGGAAUUUUUGCGCUCGUUUCUUAUAAGCAUUUCGCGGGAAAACCACCGGUGGCGUCCCGGAAUGGCGGCUGUUUUCUCAGUCUAAGGAUAGUACGGUUGAUUCCUUCAUACGCAAUCUAUUUACACAUGCAAAGCCUUGAGUUGUACUAAAUUAACCAAAAACCUCUCGUCUAUCAGUACCUAGACUGUUCACAGUCCCCUAUGUUUACGUAAGAACGUCGAGAUCGAGCCCUCACUUCUAGUUUCAAAUCCACUGAUGCAGCGGGCCCCGGGGUUGAUAGGGGUAGGGGAAGGGAGUUGAGAAAAAUAACCAUCCCCCGGCACCUAAUUAGAUGUCGUGAUAUAUUACCUUUUGGCGACCUUAAAGGGUGUCAAGCCGAAAGUUUAUGAGAACUAUUAAAACUCUGCGUGUUUAAUGUAUUUUUUAGUUCGUCAGGUCAGUAUAUGAUUCUGGGAAGCUUCCCACCUACCUCUUCAAUUCCCCAAUCAAACAUUUUGCCCCAAGUGAGAGUUUAUUGUUAAAUCCAAUACCUCGUACGGGAAAUUUUUUUCUUUGAACCGCACCCAUGUGACAAAUUUCUAAUUUGCCUUUAGGUUUAGCCCGCCUAGCUGGCGCUUGGAAGUAAUAGGCGAGAAAGAAUGGGGCUAACGACGGAGACACCCGUUCUUUCGUGCACACAUUACUUCCAAGCGCCUGCUAUGCAGGCUACUUUGGGGGUUUUCAUGGUAUUUUCUGAUGAGCACCCUGGCGAUUUCAUAGCGAAGUAGCUAAAGUAAUGGUGCGGGGUGAUGAGAUCGACAAACUAUCAACUUUGGAAGUAAGGACUAACGAGCCUUUAGUCAAAGAUGCAGUCGCGAGUCGGGGAGGAAAAGUAGACUGAAAGUGUAGAGCACUUAGUAGUCGAUAGGCUCUCUGGGGUGACGGAAUCUCCUGGUUACAGGUGGCUGAGCGUAGUGAAAAUUAUGAACGGGCGUUACCAAGUUUCAGUUAUCUCAAGCAGGUAUGUGAAUUCGCAAGAGCCCAUCACUUCAGAGCGUCCAACAUCGACUUCUUCUCCUGAGUGUCAUCGUAGCCCGAUAGAUUUUAGUUCACCUCUGCGAAAUGUUCCGCCUUCUCCUCAACUUACGACAUGGAACUUCCUUUUCUGCAAAGGAGCUCUUUGUUCCUCACUUCCACGCACUUCAACCAGUUUAACAGCUCUCAAUGACACUUCGUUGAUCUCAUUUGUCCUUGCUAGAAAUCUUUCUGUUCUCUAAGAAGAGUCUAAGAGUUUUUGGUGUAAAAAUGAGCCUAUGAAUAGCCUAAAAAAUCUAACACGAUAUAUAUGGUCCAAAACAUAUUUGAGCUAGACUGCGAGCAGUCACAUAGUUUUCUUAUUGAGGGAACUUGUGCACGAGAGCGGCGAGAAAGCGGAACGCAAGCAUUUUUGGGGUAACCACGUCGGUUUGUGAACGUCUUCGCUGAGAUAACAACUCAGAAAAAAAGGCGCAAUGCAAUUAAUUUGUAUUUGAGAAUAAUUGCGUAAUAUGCUACGUUCCAUCCAGCUAGUAUAAGACUGCACAAAGGCUCUUACUUCCGUGUAGGAUUGAGGAGCUGCGCGAAGCCAACUCAAAACUCGAACAAGAGAGCAGCCGCACAUUUGUGGCACCUGCUCACAAGUUUGUUUUAGCUAUGGCCCCGUCGUGCGCGCGUUCUCUACAUUGCGCACAGCACAAAACUGAGAAAUGCGCACAUAAAAAGACGUUAGGCUGGCAAUUAUUUUCUUUUUUCAUCAACACAUGUAAAUAUUUCUCUGUUUGGUUUUAGCACUGUUUCAAAGGAAAGACGGUUUACGCUCCUCAAAUGGUGUUCUUAAGUUGUGGUGGGAGUAGCGCGCUGCCUCAAGGAGACUGGUAUCUUAUGAGCUAUGGCAUAGUUGCAAUGUAUAAACAGGACUGGGAUAACUUUGGAGGAUUCUCAAAGGAUUUUUUCAACAAGAAAACAUGGGGUGGAGAGGACUGGGACAUAAUCGACGGCGCCGUCAAGGGUGGACUGGAAAUAGAACGAAAACGAUCACCGUGGAUUUACCAUUACUAUCACACUAAAGCGGGAAUGUGGAAACAAGCAACUUGA